AGAACAACAUGGACCACGGCACGUCACCACCGAGCGGGCCGAGCACGAGCAGCAGUGCAGCGGCCGCGGGGACGCCCCCGCCCCCGGGCGCCGGCCACCACCAGCCCCCGCCGCUACUGGAUAAGAUCCUGAGCCGAGUACGGCUGCGGGUGCUGGGGCGGGCGCGUGCUGGCUCCGGGGUCUCCGGGGCCUCCGGGGCCUCCGGGGCCUCCGGGGCCGGCCGCCGAGGAAGCGAGGGUAGCGUGCCGCUCCGGACCAGAGGUGCGGGCGCGGGGGCGGGCGGCGGAACUGAGCAGGAGUCCGGAGAGGAGCCACCAGCGCCCCGCAGGACCGCUUCGGAGGCCGCGGCCGUAUCGCCCGGUGCCACCGACAGCGACAGCGUCCUCAGCACCGCGUCCUCCGGCUGCCUGUUUACCGAUCCGUUGGAAAGCGCGGAACGCAAGUUCAAGGUGAAAGAUCUGGGGCCAUUCUGCGAACAGCUGGACCGACUGUUGGAUUACAUACAUUCUACAAAAGACCUGUACAACCUCAUUUACAACUACCCCAGCAAGCUGCAGAGUUCACUAGACUCCAAGGCACUUGAACUGCGUACUCUAUACCUAGAAGCAAGAGCUGCUCGCCUCCGAAUCCAGCAAGUGAAAAAUCAAAGAAAAGCAGUGCGAAAAGAAUGCAAUACGGUGGAAAAAACACUUGUGAAACUAAAGGAAGAGGAAGUUAAAGAGAUGGAAAACUAUAUUUCUUUAUACGACAAAACCUUGCUGUCUCGCUGGGAAAAAAUUAAAAGUUCUAAUCAGCAAGAUGUGAUUGAGAGUUUUAUGCAUGAUAUAAAGGGGAAGCAGAAAGCUCUCGAUUAUUUGCACACCCUGGCUUCCAAUAAGCUCAAUCAGCUGCGCAACCAUCCAGUACAGCUACCAGCAGUUGAAGAAUCCAAACCAGUGAGCCUUGCUCUGAGGCGGUUGUCAGCCAAUGGUGGAACCCGCUUACAGCGAUGGAGGAACAAGCAUCAUGAAAAACCAGUCAGAGUACCAGUAACAAACAACACUCAGGAAACAAAUCAGUCUCUGCCUAUCGUGCCCCUAGCAACGUUGCCCUUCAGCUUAAAUCUGGCACCAGCUUUUACAGGGGAGACCAGCAGUGAAGGCUCCAGCAGGACAUCUUCUCCAAGCACUUUUGGGUCUGCGAGCAGCAGCCUGAUCCCCAACAAUACGUCAGCCAUACCAAACAUACAGAGGCAAAACAAUCUUAACACCAGUCCACCAACUCCUAACACACCAGAACGCAGAUCGAUCUUGCAGGCCUUGUUUAGUGAUAUUCAGCAUCCUGGAACACAUGAUAAUCUGCCAAUAAAUGCUAUUAUGCCCCGAUUGGUUGCUGCAUCUUCAGCAGCAGCAAGAAUAGGAGUUGGAGUGGCAGAAAACCAGAAUGGAAAUAGUCUAACUCCACCUCAAAAUAACAAUGAUAUUGAGCUGUACACAAUGGACGAUCCAUCUUAGCUUGUGAGUGAAUACUUGUUAAGGCUUGCAGAGAAAAUAUACUUACCGCAUC